AUGAACGAUUUACAGCGUUUGGACGUGUUGGAGAGACGCGAGACGCCGUUGAUGCCGAGCGAUGUGAAAGUGAACGCGUGGGUGCGCGUGAAAGGAAACUUAGAAUACGUGAAACAGUUGUGCGCGAACGGCUUCGAAGCCGAGGAAGGAGGAGAAGGAGGAGGAGGAGAAGGUGAGAAUCAAGAGCCGUUAGGAGGAGGAGGAGGAGGAGAAGGAGGGGGGGUCCAACAGUAUCAACAAAGUAAUGGAGGGCGACCGGAACCUGAUUAUGCGGUUGGUUGGGAAGAUGGCAUGGAAGAUACAAUCGGUAAAUGUUUUGAAGUAGCGGUAGUUUCGAGAGCGUAUCGCUCGACGCCGGUGGUCGGGUUGUGCGUUGGAACGGGGUUGGUCGCCAUUGGCGGGAACGGCAGUAGCAGCAGAGAUAGCGAGGCGAGUAGAGAGUCGGUAGCAUCGGCGGCGAGAGCGAGAGCGAGAAAACAGGCGGCGACGAUGAAUAAAUAUGGGUGGUAUUUUCCGCUCGAGGCGUUGGAACACAUUUGA